UCCUCUCCCACCCAUCUUCCAGCUACGACUCGGCCCUGUCCUGGAAUCAGCACGGAUCUGAUCCCUCUUCUUCUCACUGCAAAGUCAUUGCUGUAUCCGUCAUUGACAUUGCCUCUACCUGGCGCUCGGUUACGAUCUCCGGACACAACCCCCGAGUCUGGUCUAUACCGCAUCACUGAAGCCAGCUUCACUGGCCUCCCUACCCCCUCAGACCCGUCGUUCAUGGGUGAGACCGUCAAUUGACCAUGUCAUCCUCCGGGCUUGAUAUCUCGGAGCUCUCCGACAGCGAGAGGUCGGCCCUUGAAACCUACAUUGCCGUCACUGGUCAGGAGCACUCAGAGGCUAUUCCUUUGUUGCGCCGCUCACAAUGGAACGUGCAGAUCGCCAUCUCCAAGUUCUUUGACGGGGAAGGGCCGGAUCCCGUCGAAGAAGCCCGUGCUGCUCUCAAUACCCCUCCUCCGCGACCCAGCCGGCAGACCCAGAAUCUUAUGAGCGAUGAUAUUGCUGCGCAAUUCGCCCCCAACACUCGUGCCGCUGAGCCGGCUCCCCGGAUAACGACCCAACCGGAAGACCAGUCGGUCUAUCGCCCGCCGUUCCUAUUAGCCAUUCUGUUUACGCCGCUCAAUCUCCUAUACCGAUUACUCUACAGCUCCUUCCGCCUAUUUGGGGCCCUCUUUCCCUUUCUCCCACGGUUCUUUAAUACGACCGCAAGCCCUGCUCUUCAGGGUUCCCGGAGGAACACCAAUGGACGCCGGGCGCUGGGGCCCAAGGACACGGCCGCCCGGUUUAUUCGGGAAUUUGAGGAGGAAUAUGGCACCAACUCGAUCGAGUUCCUCGAGAAUGGAUAUAACAUGGCGUUGGAGAAGGCCCAUCGGGACCUCAAGUUCCUUCUGGUUGUGCUGCUAGCCCCGGAGCACGAUGAUACGAAUAGUUGGGUUCGCGACACUCUCCUUUCCCGGGAGGUAACCGAUUUUGUCAAUGACCAACAGAACAGUAUCCUUGUCUGGGGAGGAAACGUUCAAGACUCCGAGGCGUAUCAGGUGUCGAAUUCCCUCCGGUGCACCAAAUUCCCCUUUGCAGCGGCGAUCGUCCACACUCCUAAUGUUUCUUCGACGGCAAUGUCCGUGGUUUCGAGGAUCUCUGGAACGACGUCCCCGGCAGAGUUCGUGGAGAAACUCCGGUCGGCUAUUGCGCAGCACAAAGAACCCCUCGAGCGCAUUCGGGCUACACGGGCAGAGCAACAGGCAUCGCGCAGUCUCCGCGAGCAGCAGGACUCCGCCUACGAACGUUCACUGGCCAUCGACCGAGAACGGGCGCGACAGAGGCGAGAAGAGGAGGCGGCCCGUCAAAGAGAAGAACAAGAGGCAGCCGAACGUCAAGCGGCGGAAGAGAAGCGGAUUCACGAUCUUGCGCAAUGGAAACAAUGGCGGGCACAAUCCAUCCCGGAGGAACCCGGACCGGACGUCAAGGAUGCUGUUCGUAUUAGUAUUCGACUGCCUUCGGGCGAGCGCGUCAUCCGCAAGUUUGCGCCUGAAGCUCCUCUCGAUGAGCUCUACGCGUUCGUCGAGUGUUACGAUAUCUUGAAGGAGCCCACGGAGAAAGCCGGCGAGGUCCUGAAACCGGAGGGGUUCGAACACCAGUAUGGCUUCCGAUUGGUUUCGCCCAUGCCGCGGGUGGUCUACGAGGUGAAUGCUGGAGGAUCCGUGCGGGACCAGAUCGGCCGCGGAGGGAACCUUCUGGUCGAGCCGAUUGAUGACGACAGCGACGAGGAGGAUGAGGAAUAGGCCGAAUGUAUGUAUCUGUAUCUUUGCAUCAUGGAUGGCACAGAAUGGAGCUGCCCGACAUGGUUUGCAGGGUUCUCAGGCUGUACCAUGUAAUAACAAGCUUACGAUAAUGAACCGACCGAUGACUGGAGAAGAGCCUCUGUGUGUUCUGUGUUUAGGAGCUAGGAAAAUCACCGACCCUGGCCAGCUCCAGCAGACUAGCAGUGUCAUGUGCAGGUGUCCGGAAGGAUCUUGAUAAGAGAGCCGCCCGGAAUCUGCACCAUCCGAAGCGGCUGCGGGCCUGCUAGGUAACCGAGUCAUGACGAGUCGUCUGAGUCACGCAGAACUCAGAAGAGUAGUAGAAUGAGUGUCUACUAUCUAGGUUGGAUGUAAGCUUUAGCACGGGACAUAGUCACGUAACGGAGAGGUGUAUGCAUCGCAACAUCAUAUCGAUACCACCGUAUCGUAACAGACCCG